CCGGAGGAGGAGACGCCCUGGUGGAAGCACGUGACCUGGGUCUGGAGCCGGAAGCUUACUAUCUGGUAGGGAGCGCCCCCCAUCACCUAAGGCAGCGAUGACUUCUGCACUGACCCACGGGCUGGAGCGAAUUCCUGAUCAGCUCGGCUACCUGGUGCUGAGUGAAGGCGCAGUGCUGGCGUCAUCUGGGGAUCUAGAGAAUGAUGAGCAGGCAGCCAGCGCCAUCUCUGAGCUGGUCAGCACAGCCUGUGGUUUCCGGCUACACCACGGCAUGAACAUACCCUUCAAGCGCCUGUCGGGCGUGUCUCCCCUCCAGUGGUCUUUGGAGAACACACGCUGCUCGUGACCGUGUCAGGACAGAGGGUGUUCGUGGUGAAGAGGCAGAACCGAGGCCGGGAGCCCAUUGACGUCUGAGCCUGCCACGGGGGGGAGAGG